AAACAGCAAGAUAUGCAAAACAGGACAUUGAAAUGAAUAAAAAUUCAAAAAAUUAUCAUCAGUGAGACCGCAUGAUUUUCAGACCCAUCGCUCCGUAGUACUGUAUGUCCCAAACGAAGAGUGCAAUUACGGCAUAGAAAUUACCGUAGUUGACUCACGCAAUCGUCGGAGCACGACGACCAAAACCCAGGUUAUCCGUUACGAGGAAAAAUACCAAAUGCUACUUUCCGGAGAUGGUUGGAACACUGGAGUUAUCGUGCUGUCCUUGGUCGUGCUAGCGUCAUUCUUAUCGGUGUCGGCAGCUUUGGUGGCAUGUCGAGUUCGUGACAGGAGAGAGUGGAACACGAUCAAAAGAAGCAUUAGUCCACCUUCACCUGGAUUGACGAUAACAAGGACAACAUCAGCUUCAGCCGUUGGACUUGCGAAUAAAUACGUCAUGAACGAGCGAUGUCCUAUGCGAACGGUGAAUAUGGUUCGGCUUUCAUUCUCAGAGAAUAGUGAGAGAGGAGCAAACUCUACGCCAAUGAUUAAAAAUAAUUCCACUGGUACCGCCGAGACCGAUGAUGGUUCAAAGGAUGCUAGCACUCCAACAACUGAUGAAGCUGACUAUGAUACUAUAGGAACACCUAGAUUAACGCAUAAUCCCUGCCAAUCUGGCACUUGCUCAGGAAGAUGCUUGCCGGCGUCGAUUAUAACAGCGGUUUCCAAUAUAAAGCCUAGUACUUUGAUAGUCCCCCACGAUUACCUAGUAGUUAGCCGAAGACUUUCACGACCUCCCUUUUCACUUUGGACCACCAAGCAUGUUGUGUGGCCGGCCACGGAACAGACGUUUGCCAUCAAGUAUUCCCAACAAGGGAUUGGCCACUUGCGGAGAGAGUUCAAGGUGCUGAACCAUAUGUCGGUAAAUCACAAGAAUCUGGUCAGAUGGCUGGGUGUCGGAGUUUGCAGUGGACAGGUGACUAACUAA